ACAUGUGGUCCAGUGGGUCCUGUGAACCACAAGGUUCAGCAGCAACGUGAUUAUCCCCAUCAUGUGAUCUACAGCCGAGGUAUGAAAGAGGGCCUUUUAUAUGAGCUGUAAGCAGUUCUCAAAGGUUUGCAUGCACUGAACACAGACACCGAUCCUCUUCAGCUCGGUUUGAUCAUGACAUAAUCAUCUGACUCCUCUCCUAAUCUCCGUUAAUACAAGUGGAGAGGAACUAAAGAAGAAGAAGUUUUUUGUCAUGGAUCAUCAUACCUCGGGCCAACACAGUCAACCCAGCUUCCAGUGGCUUUCUUUUGCUCACCAGGGCCUGACCGAAAUCCCCAAUGAAGCCAUUCUAACCCAGACAGACACACUGGAGGUGCUGGAUCUGAGUUACAAUCUGCUGAAUGAUCCUUAUUGGAACCCGGCUCUGCUGGGUCAGCUGGAGAAGCUCAGCACUCUGAUCCUGGACUGCAACAACUACACAUCUCACAUCAAGUUCCCCUACAUGCCGAGUGUCACCACAGUGUGCAUCAACAAGAACAAGAUCAACAACCUGCCUGUGUUUGUGGAAGAAAUCAGACGGAAGUUCCCAAACAUAAAGAUUCUCAGUAUGAUGAACAACGAGGCAGCACCUAGCUAUUUCAACGGAGGAAGUCUGACACAGUACAAAGACUACAGACAGUAUGUCAUCAGUCAGAUCCCAGGCCUGGAGAUUCUGGAUGACACUGAGGUCCUGGAGAAGGAGAGAGCCCAGGCUAGAAAAACCUACCGACUGCAGCACAGCAGUCACAGCAGCAGAAAGAGAAGGGGGGACACAUCAAAAAAAGACACACACACACACACAUGAAGAAAAAGUCAAAUACUGUCAUAAGACAAUAGGAUAAUAUACAUUUACAUCAUAUGACACUGUCAGCAUUAUGAUUCACAUUGUGUGUUCUGUAACUGCUU